GUACAUAUGUCCAAUUCGGCUGGGCGCAUUCUGCCAGAACGCAAACGUCGCCUUUUUCCGCAGACGUGUCGAUGAUUCGGACGCUUCAAGCUCGUCUGGCAACUCUCUCCAAAGCUUCAUUUCUUCAGGUAUCGUUGGCAUCACUGUCCCAAAGCUUCUCCAGAAACCAUGGAAGCUCAAAUAUACGUGUGGCUGGAACUGGGGUAGUGUGCAGUCAGGUUGCAGUGUCGGCAAAUACUAACACACAUAAUGGGAUUAGGACUGUGUGUUCAGCUGCAGAUUUGUCAACUAAGAAGUGUGUGCCAUGCAACACAAAGGAUUUGAGGUCUAUGAGUGAAGAAGCUGCGAACCAGUUGAUGUGGCAGGUGACAGGUUGGGAUUUGCUGAAUGAUGGUGGCACACUAAAGCUGCAUAGAUCCUGGAAAGUCAAGACUUUCAGCAAAGGAUUAGAGUUCUUUCAAGAGGUAGCAAAUGUUGCAGAAGCUGAAGGUCAUCAUCCAGAUCUUCAUCUCGUUGGGUGGAAUAAUGUGAUAAUUGACAUCUGGACGCAUUCUGUGGGUGGACUCACAGAAAAUGAUUUCAUACUUGCUGCCAAAAUUAAUGGGCUUGACCUACAGCACCUUCUCAGCAAGAAAACCACCAAAUCAGCACAAAGCAGUGCCUAAUCUUCCAAAUUUAGGGUUGUAUUAUGGUAGUAGUUUGUCUCAUACUAGAUAUCAUCAACGUUUGAGCUAAACCUUUGUUACCAAAGCAUUGAAAUUUUAUAGGACAUGCCUCUUUCCAAUACUAAUCACUAAACUUUAGCAGUGUGAAUCUGCGAAACAAUACUCCAUUUGAUCCA